UGUUACCUCAGAAACAGCCAUUUUCUGACUUUUAGUCAGGUUCAUGCCAUCAGCCAUGGCGUCUACCUCGGCUGUUGCAGUUGUGGAAGAGCUAUCUUCUGAUACUUCUGAAGAACUGAUGCAAAUAAGAAGGUCUAAGAAAGCCAAGUCCAAAAGGGAAAAGGACAGGUCAAAGAAGGAGAAGCCAGAGGAUAAGAAGCCCAAGAAAGAGAAGCCAGACCUUUUCCAGCACCAACACAUUGAUGAGGAUGAGCAUAGAGCUGCCCUUCUCAUCAGAUGCCGAAAGACCAGCUUUCUGAAGGUGCUGAAGGACAUCCAUGUGGGUUUCUCCCUCUCGAAGCAGUCCAUCAGCAUCCUGGAUUCAUUCGUGAAGGAUAUGUUUGAAAGAAUUGCCUCCGAAGCAAACUUCUUGGCCCGUCAAACCAGAAGCUCGACUAUCGACUUCAGAGAGAUCCAGACCGCUGUCCAUCUUCUGCUUCCUGGAGAGCUCUGCCAGCGAGCAGUGGCUGAAGGCACCAUGGCAAUGGUCCCGUACAUCUCCAGCAAGUGA